UAAAUUCGUGAUCGCGAUCGGAAAGACCAUUCAUCAAGACAACAUGCACUUGAGCGGGUGCAGCAUUGCGUUACUUGUCUUAGCAUCAGUAUGCACAUCAACGACUGUGUACCCAAGGAGCAGCUCCACCUUUUGGCCUCCGUCGCAGUACUGGGACGUCAAAGACUUCCCCAACCCACGGUAUGAUGUGAAUAAAUGUGGUCGUCGCGGACUAUCCUCCUUCGUAUGUGAUCCAAACAACGUGUUAUCAACAAAUGAUGCCAACAGGAUAGAUGAUGCGAUUCGUUCCGUCCAGCGUAGCACUCCAUGCGAGUGCGACACUUGCUCUGGUGGAAAGGGCAGGGGGUUUUCUAUGGCAGUGGCCAUUGUACCGUGGCUAAAACUACCACCAGGUGUACCUCGGACUGAUACCGAAGUGCAGCUCACCAUUGAGCAUUUUGCGGUUGAGCUCAAUACAAACAGAUGGAGCUUCGGUUACUGUAAGAAUGAUGCCGUUAUCGUCUUGUCUACGAACGAUAGAAAGAUCUUCACCGCGACUGGUCGGACCACGAACCAGUACCUCCCCAGUUACUGCGUGGACAAGGCGUCCAAUAGUGCCAAGAGUUCGCUGAAGAGAUUCAGAUACGCUGAUGCCAUAGUGGAAAUAUUGAAUGAUUACAAGCGAACUCUAAACAAUGGUGGCGACUGCAGUUAUGGUGGUACAAGUCCUUGGGUAAUUGCAGUUGCAUGCGUUGUCCCAGCAAUCUUACUCAUUUCAUUCUGCGCAUGUAUCAUUAGCAGACGGCGACGCGCCGGAUACAUGGAGAGUGGCGGCAGUGGAAAUGGGUUCUUCUACGGAUGGAUGGCGGGGAGUGCGGCGAGUAACCACCACCAUCACCACGGGCAUCACCAUCAUGGGGGUGGUAGUAGCUGGGGAGGUGGUGGAGGCGGUGGUGGGUUCAGUUCCGCAGGGGGAGGCGGCGGUGGAGGUGCCAGUUGGUAACUGUCGUCAUUGUGUAGAGACCACGACAGGUCUACCAGUGAUUGGGAAAGGUGUCUUCUGCAGCUUCCUGAACCGUCACAAUCACCACAUGCGUGGGAAAAAUGUACCUGGAAGUCUUAUAAAAUCCCUUAUGACUGGUUCGGGUCUGAAGACUACAUUGCCAUGGUGAUGUGUUGUUGGCCAAAUCGAUGAUAUAUUCUGAAAAUUACUCAAACCUUCCAGUGAGACAAAUGGCACAACGACAAGUUCAAUUCGUGUCUUCGGGAUGUGACAUGGUUGUUGACCAUAUGGGGAUUAAGCCACAGGACUCUUCCACUAGUAGACCAGAUCGGAUCGAAUUCGAUGACAGAUCUCUACAAGUGAAUUACAUUUGUUGAUUACUUGUGAUCUCCAAAAGUUGCAGUGCAAUAUUGCACUGGCCAUGCUCAGAAAUAAAAUAAUAUUCGGAAA